UAACUCAAAAACCCUAAUUCGAGCCUCCAUUUCUGGUGCAAAAUCCAACCACCCCAAUGGCCGCCGCAGCUCGUCCCCUUGUCACCGUCCAUUCCCUCGAAGGCGAUGCCACCACCGAUGCCUCCAUCACUCUCCCCAUCCCCGAUGUCAUGCGCGCUUCCAUCCGCCCUGACAUAGUCAACUUCGUUCACUCCAACAUCUCCAAAAACAGCCGCCAACCCUACGCCGUCAGCCGCAAAGCCGGUCACCAAACCUCCGCUGAGUCAUGGGGAACCGGUCGUGCUGUGUCUCGUAUCCCUCGUGUCGCCGGUGGUGGUACUCACCGUGCCGGUCAGGCUGCCUUCGGUAACAUGUGUCGUGGUGGACGCAUGUUCGCUCCCACCAGGAUCUGGCGGAAAUGGCACCGGAAGGUCAAUGUUAACCAGAAGCGUUACGCUGUUGUCUCAGCUAUCGCUGCUUCUGCUGUUCCUUCUCUUGUUCUUGCUCGUGGCCACCGGAUCGAGUCGGUUCCUGAGUUUCCUCUUGUUGUUGGUGAUUCCGCUGAAGGAGUAGAGAAAACCAAGGAAGCGAUCAAGCUUUUGAAGCACAUCGGAGCUUUCCCUGACGCCGAGAAAGCGAAGAACAGCCAUGGAAUCCGUCCAGGAAAAGGUAAGAUGCGUAACCGUAGGUAUAUCUCUCGUAAGGGUCCACUCAUUGUUUACGGAACUGAAGGAGCUAAGGCUGUGAAAGCCUUCCGUAACAUUCCUGGUGUUGAGAUCACCAAUGUGGAGAGGCUGAAUCUCUUGAAGCUUGCACCUGGUGGACACUUGGGGAGAUUUGUGAUCUGGACUAAGACUGCUUUUGAGAAACUGGAUUCGAUUUACGGGUCGUUCGAUAAGCCGUCUGAGAAGAAGAAGGGCUAUGUUCUUCCUAGGGCGAAGAUGACGAACUCGGAUCUUACUAGGAUUAUUAAUUCUGAUGAGGUGCAGUCUGUUGUUAGACCUGUGAAGAAGGAUGUGAAACGGGCAACUUUGAAGAAGAAUCCUUUGAAGAAUCUUAAUGUCAUGCUGAGGCUUAAUCCUUAUGCUAAGACUGCUAAGAGGAUGGCUCUGCUUGCUGAAGCUGAAAGGGUUAAGGCUAAGAAGGAGAAGCUUGACAAGAAGAGAAAGAAUAUCACUAAGGAAGAAGCUACUGCUAUCAAGGCGGCAGGAAAAGCUUGGUACAAUACUAUGGUUUCAGACUCAGAUUACACAGAAUUUGAUAACUUUUCCAAGUGGUUGGGUGUCUCACAGUGAAAUUCAGUUUUAUUUUCUUGUUAAAUUUUGUCCUCUAGACUUAUAUUAUGUCUUUUGUUUUUGGGUGUUGCCGUUUAAGGAUAAUUCUGUUGUUGACUUGAGCAUAUUUAUGAUAUUGUAAGGAAUAGCACAGCUUUAUGUUUUAA